ACAAAUGCCUAAGUUGGUUUCCGUGAACACGAGCACUUCCUGUCAAACUUUUUUUUUCAUUCCGUGUAUGUUUUGCCUCUAUUAAUUCAUACCUCCAGCAUCUUUGACGAUUCCUUCACUCUGCCGUUUAUUUUGCGCAGUACAUGAACCGGAGAGCUAGUGGAGUCCUACGCCAGCCUAUGUCACCUUGCGUCGUUGAGCGGAGCUGAUUCCUGGCCCAGAGACAAGAUGUCUAAAGGGGACCAGUACCAAGAUGCCGACUGCGUGUGUUCUUACGGGAUGAAAAUCACCUGGGACAUUAAUGACCCCAAACUGCCCCAGGAUAUAAAGCAGUUUGAUACGUUCCAGGAAUGGACAGAUGGCUAUGUACGAUAUAUUUACACUGCAGAUGAUAAAAAUGCGCAAAGGCACCUUAGUGGUUGGGCCAUGAGGAACACCAACAACCACAACUGCCAAAUCCUGAAAAAGUCCUGUCUCGGAGUAGUGAUCUGCGCCAGAAACUGCACCUUACCUAAUGGUGGCAAAUUACAGCUCAGACCAGCCAUCUGUGACAAAGCUCGUCAAAAACAGCAGAAAAGAGUAUGUCCAAACUGCAACUCAGCACUGGAACUGAUAUCUUGUCGAGGUCAUAGUGGCUAUCCAGUUACGAACUUUUGGAGACUUGAUACCAAAGCCAUAUUUUUCCAGGCUAAAGGCAUACAUGAUCAUCCAAGACCAGAGAGUAAAUCAGAAACAGAAGCAAGGAGAAGUGCUGUUAAGAGACGAAUGUCAUCCCCACACUUUUCACACAAUAAACGGCAUACGGAAUUAGAGGUAAAUAGAUACCAUGACAGUGGUAGUUCUUUCAGUAGCCUUCACCACUUGCCAUGUAUGGAAACUCCAGACAGAUUUGGCAUAAUACCAGAAUCAAACUUUCCUAUUCCUUCACACCAUUAUUCACCGUUUCAAAAUACAGAGCCUUUCAAGCCUGCUUAUGAAGCCAGCAGCAGUUUUGUGGAAACAACCUCCCCAGUACAGAAGGUCUCCAACCCAAGGAUUUAUGUCCCUCGAGGUUCCUGUGGUUAUGAUUUUACACUGCCUGGCUACAUGGGCUCCAACUCUUACCCAGCCCUUUAUAAAGAUUGUAGUAACAUACAUUCUGAAACUGACUCACGAAAGAUGUGUGUGCAACUUAAUGGAUCCCAGCACAGUAUGGGCACUCUGAAUGUCCAUGAUCAAAACUUUGAUGUACCAAGUAAACAUCUUGGGUGGAAGCAAAUAUUGAAAGGAGGAUAUGGAGAAAGGAAUGAGUGUAGCCAUAUCAUACCCAAUUCAAGUCAUUACUACAAUGGAGAAUACCCCUGCAGAUUAGAUGGCAAACCCUCAAACCCUCCUGCUUUGCAGACUAUCAUAACCACAACUACAAAGGUUUCCUACCAAACCUACAAACCUGUGACUAAGUUUGAUGACAAUAUUUGUGAUGCCAAAAAUCUUCCGAACUGCCACUUAACAGACAACAUAUCUCCUACCAUUUACCCUGAGACAAAGUUCCAGGAAGAUAACAGCAUGGUCAAAUCAGCCAUACUCUAUCAACAGGAGGGGCCCUCUAAAACAGAGCGGACUGAAGGACUGGAAAGCUACAGAUACGGAAAUUAUUCUGUCAAUUCCUAUAUUACCCGAUCAGCUCACCCUUUUAGAUAUGAUACUGGAGAAUACUGAAAAUGAACUCACCUUUGUUUGACCUUAAGCGUCACCUUAAUUCUUCAUAAGCACACAAUGUCCCUUUUGGAAUUUUAAUCCAUUCAAGAUAACAUUUGCAAGUGAUGUGGUGUCAUUGAAUAUUUUACACUUCUAAAAAGGAAGCAGCAAAGCACUGAAAUAUAGGAAAAAAGUAGAGGAUUCAAACUUGACUGAACAGUUAGAUCUAUGUUCCACUUUCUCAAAAAUUUCCUUUAGCUUGUGGGAAACUUGAAACAUGUUAAUUUCACAUUUAAAACUGCAGUUCAAACCAGUGAAACUUAACAGGUUAAAGAUGAACAUUAUUUUGUCUCCUGCAUGUUUCUAUACUCAUGGUUCAUUUCAGUACUUGCCAUUACAAAAGUUUUUAGUUUGUGCAUAGCUAAAUGUUCAGAUAGAAUAUGACAAGACACAUAUUUCACUUGAUGUUAAACACAUACAAUCAAAAAUAUUGUCUGAUUAUGAUGUAGGAUGUUGCUGUGUGUUUCUGCAUAAUUUCUCUUUUAACUUGGCUCCUUGAGAGGUAGCUGUUGGAGAUCUGCUAUCAGACUUUGCUCAUUCCAAGUGGGCAAUGUGCAACAUACAUGGUUCCAGAUUCCCAAACAUAUUGUAUCAAAAACAUUGGAGACCAAAAUAACACAAACAUGUAGGGGUAUGCUGGGAUUUUAAAUACCUGGAGAACUGCUCACUGAGUUUGAAGGUUAUGAGUUCUAGCAAAUGAAACUGUCUUCUUGUAUCUAAUAUUAGAAUGAAGAGAUUGAAUGAGGUUUAACAUAGCAAAAUAUUUAACCCUACUUGAUGUCAAGUAACUACCCUAAUUGACAGAUGCAUCAUUUCAUGAUAUUUUGAAACAACAAAUUGAGUUAACAUCACAAAAUAGAGAAAUGAACCUUUUAUUCAGACAUCAGUAAUAAAAAUAAUUUGCAUCACAUUUGCAUCCUUUGCGUCACCUAGAUGUUGUAAUAUGCUUCAUGUAAUAAGACAUCAACGGAAUAUAUUAUGCUAACUAAUUAUAUUUAAUCAAGGUGUCAGUUUAUGUAGAUAGAACUGGUAGAGAGCAGAACCUCUCCUAGAGUCAUACAAGAAUGCAUGACUUACUAUGCUGAAAAUAAAGAAUUCUUAUGAAAAACACUCUGG